AUGCGAACCCUCAAAACCGCUCUCACACUUCUUCCAUUCUGCUGCAUCCCUGCAGUCCUUGGCAAUCUCCCUGGCCCGUCUUACCCUGCUCCUAAGGAAAUCAGCAACAAUUCCAGCUGGGUGGCUGCUAGUUGGAAAAAUGUAACGACAGCUUUGGACCAGACCCUCGAUGGCUGUGGAAUGGGCAAAUUGGCCUCGUCCCUACUAAAGAACACCACCUUCUCUAUAGGCUUGUUCUCACUGCAUGACCAGGGCGCCCAUUCCAUGCAGUACCACCACACAGCCUUAGCCACCCUCAAUGGCACCGUGGGCGCGAAAAAGGUCGAUGGCAACACAAUCUACCGAAUUGCCAGUAUAUCUAAGCUCAUCACCACCUACGCGGGCAUGAUUGAGCUGGAUGAGAAUGACUGGAACAUUCCUUUAUCACACAUUUUCUCGGGCUUCAAGGACGUUGUGGAAAAGACGGCCCAGAAUUACGAUGCCGUGCAGGAUAUACAAUGGGACAGGAUUACCAUCGGCGAUAUCGCGGCCCAGAUUGGCGGCAUCCCGCGCCUAGGUAUACCGAUCAGUUCGGACUUCCUGUUAGCAGCUCUGGAGAACCCCUCCGUCCUAGACACCUGGGGCCUGCCGCCUCCUAACUUGACCGAGGAUGAGGCCCAGUAUCCCUGUGCGAAGUACCUAGCAUCUGGCUCUUAUACCAAGUGCAGUAUCCAGGAAUAUGCCCAAGGUAUCGCUUCCAAUCCACCUAGAUACCCGCCCGCCGCUAGUCCACUCUAUUCCGACAGCGGCUUCUUCCUCCUCGGCGGGGCGCUGUCUAACCUCACUGGGAUGUCCAUGGAUAAGUUGUACCGCAAAGCCAUUUUCGAGCCCCUCGGUCUCAGGAACACCUUAUCUAACCCGCCCACCGAUCCUGCAGUCAUCGCUCGCACUGUUAUCCCCAAAACCCUGGCAGCUGAAUUCCUCAAUAUUCCCAUGUCCACGCCCUCCGGUGGCCUGUACUCGACCAUCGAUGACCUGUCCAAAAUCGGCAUCAGCAUUCUCAACUCAACCCUCUUGCCUACCGAUAAGACUAACCGCUGGAUGAAACCGGUCUCCUUCACCGGGGAUCUGCGCUAUGCCGUCGGCCGCCCAUGGGAAAUCUAUCGAUAUGUGCACCAAGACACAGGUGUAGUCACAGACAUCUAUACCAAGCUGGGUGAUUCAGGAGACUAUUGUGGUCUGCUCGUGCUUUUACCGGAUUUUGAGAUCGGCUUCACUAUUCUCGGUGCCAGCUCCGUGGGAGUUCACACGCAAGCAGUGCAGCUUGUCGCCGACCUCCUCACAGACUCCAUGAUGCCCGCUCUCAUGACUCAAGCCCGUCACGAAGCGGUUACCAACCUGGUGGGGACCUACACCCCUAAAGACAAGGGUCUGAACACCACUCUGACCCUGUCCGUUCCCUCGUCAUCCAAGUCGGCCCCGGGACUUGUCAUCUCGGAGUGGAUCAGCAACGGCACAGACAUCAAGAACAUCCUAGCCACAGCUUUGGUAGACCUGGUUCCCCAUAUUCCGGUGCCACCGGCGAAUCCCGACAUGGUCAGGCUUGUUCCAACAAUUCAGGAUAUCGCAGCUUCAGGUCAGAUUGCAUUUCAAAUGGAUACGGUCAACCCUACCGGGCCCGUUACAGGCCAUUUAUUCUCCCAGAUGUAUGAUGUGGGAGACUGGGCUAGCAUAAUCGAUCAACUCACGUACCAAGAUAUACCUAUCAACGAGUUCGUGUUCCACGUCGAUAAGAAGACAGGGAAGGCAUAUUCGGUGACGCCGAGUGCGUACCAUGUCGAGCUGGAGCGGAGGAAAUGA